AUGGUCAAUACCCCGCACGCCCGCCUAAGUACCUUUAGCCUCAACCGCCCAGUCUCCUCAGUCAGACCGCCCACCCAUCACUCCCGUAACAUCUUCCUGGCUGGCAGCGCCGCGAGGGUCUCCUUCGUCGACCGCCAAUCCGGCAUCUCCUUCCCCCGCCCCGGCUCCGAACUGGUCCCCAACUCCUUUGAGCCUCCCGUCGCGCCCUUCAGACCUACUCACCAAACCACCUCCAGCAUGAGUAGAAGCGUCAGCAACCUGCGCUUCGAACUCGACGCCCAUCCGGCUGCCGACCAUUCGCCCUCCGCUAAAUCCAGGGCCCUCAAAGUGGACACAGAGAUCCUCUCCCAUCGGGGCUCCAGUGCCGGCUCAUCCGCACGCACCGACCCGGUCACGGCCUCCGGUAUGCGACGUCUCGACGGCGCCUCCGCCCUCAGCCCAGACGAGGCCCUGCGCCAGUACACCCUCUUCCGUGGACGCGACGACGAGCGAGCAUCGACUCCUGGUAGUGGGUCACCUAAGUGA